AUGUCUGGAAUGACGUCAUGGUGGGUGACGGCCUCCGAGCUCACCACCCUCUCCCUUCCUUCAGACAAAACUCGACAUGUCUGGAAUGAUGUCAUGGAGGGUGACGGGCUCCAAACUCAUCACUCUCUCCCUUCCCUCAUCCUCACCAAGCUAGUCAUGGCAUAUUCCGAAGUCGAUCUACAGCUCCAUGACUGCCGCAAUCGCGACCGACGAAGGAGCACUGUCCUUGAAGCCUUCAACCAUCCGCUACACCCGAAAACGAAUCCCGGACGCUCGUUCGUUAUAUUUUCGACCCCAGAGUACGAGCGGAUGGAGGAGGAGCACACAUUCGAGAAGGGAUUGCGAAAGCCGGAAGGUUGUGACGAGGAGUUGAUAGCAAAUGGUUGGGUGGAACUCGGACCGGGGGACUACCUCUUCUCAAGGAACACUUUAGGAAGUGGUAAUCCAGAGGACGACACGACUAAGGCGUGGGUGGUAGGACGUGGGUUACAAACUUCUGAAGAUUUGGGAGCGCUCGACAACGCGGUGGAAUUGUUACUGGGAGCAAAAGAAAACAGGACCGAUACGGAAGUGCAUAUUGAACGACUUCGACCUCGGGUAGACGGUAUCAAAGGCGGGCGAUGCUAUCCUAUGGCCAACUCGUACGAGAAACAGAGGGAAUGUAUGGCGCCCUGUGCAAACGUCAAGAUUGGGAAAGAAGAGGGCGAGGUGCACAAAAUUGCACACGAUCUGACACGGGCAACGACCAAAAUGGCGAUGCGAAGUAUGGACGAAGCACCCGAACGAAUUCAGACCUGCCUGCGCGACCAUGCUAAUAGACUAGGACUUCCGUGCGUGGGGACAGACACCAACUACGCGUUUCACGCCAUCCAGUUAAACUUAGCACCUGCAAAGUCAUCAGAUAGCGGGAGGCUGGGCGAACAUAUGGGACCGUUCGGAGAUGAACACUACGACAAUAACGACUGCCCACCCCAUUACACCUGCAUGGUAGUAGGCUCGCAGCUCCCCGACAAUUACCACCCCGGUCGAUUUUUCCUUUUAAGGGACGGAUUCUUUACUCGACUCGAAUGCGGAUCGUCUUUUGUUUUCAACGGGCGAAAUUUCCAUGUCGGCGACGCACCGCACCCCCUGAACAGCGGUGUACCGGAAAAGUGGGCUUAUCGAGUCAUUGUUGUGCACUAUCCUCCUCGAGGCAUGCUCAGCGAUGAUAUCGGUCACUUUCUGGGGUUCCUACCCAGAGCGAUUUACGAAAUUUCUCCCGAAAUGAGACGAGAAACGUCUGGAGGCGAUCCGAUUCAUCGAGGAAACCAUGCCACUUAUUUGCGCGAGGGGCAUGUCAUCAUGACGACCAAGUCUCUCGCGCAGUUCACGGCCCAGUCUCUCUAUCUCAGCAAUUCGUUUGUGGUUAAACAAACGGACUCUAAACCCGACAUCAAGAUAGAUAGCAAAAAGUUUUUGGAGGCAUUCUCUUUCAAGAACGACGAGGGGGAAUGGGAGCCAAUCGAGGACUGGACGAUGGCGCCGCAACAUCCCGGAAGCGAGGCAAACGACUAUACGCGACGUAGACAAGAAGCGGCAAAUAGGAUGAAGGAGCGAGAGAGGGAGGUGGUGAAGCACAUCCCUCAAUGUUUCCUUGGGUUGGACAAAGACGAUCAGGGGGUUCCGAUGGACGAAGAUACAGACAAUGAAUCGAACAUUCCGGCGGGUAGUGCGCGAGUUUGCGAUUCUCCGGGAUGCGAACCAGUCGACGACGACACAUCGAUUGCACGCCCUACCCAAGCUAGUGAAGAAAGAGAGCCGGGUGUCGUCUCCAGUCCCUGCGCCAGCACCAGAAAGAGGAAGAGGACGGACGACAGUGACGAGUCAAGCACAUAUGAAGAAGCGCACAGUACAGAGGAGGUAGAAGGGGAAGAACAUAUCAGAUCGAAGAGUAAACGUCUUGCAACAGCACAGGGGAAGGGUAAGGGAGAUGGAAGCACCGGAUCGAAGAGCAAACAGAGGGAUAAAGGGCGAGGAAAGGGUGACGGAAAGGGAAAGGGAAAGGGAAAGGGAAAGGGAAAGGAGGGAACAAGCGUCACCGAGGACCGAGCUGGAAUUUCGACCGGGGGGAGACAAAGUCCGGUUGCAGGUGAACAGGACCAGUCGUCGUCGAUCGGGAAGGGACCUGGACGGGAGAAUGCUGUUGAUAGGGAGCAUACACCAUCAAGUAAUACUCGCUGUACCAAGACAGGGCAGAGUCCCGCAGCGUCGUAUACCUUUAUACGUCAUUGCUCUAUAGAGGAUCUCGAGGUCGAGGUUUACCACGCUCGCAAGGAAACCAUCGUGACCCAAGUAACCGACACGGAACUCUCAUAUACACCAUGCCCGAAUCUGGAAGAAGUGCUCGACCGGUUGAAGACAAGAUCUUGCUCGUCGAAGACAUUGGACGAUGUUAACCAAGUCCAGACGAGUGCCCGCGCUGCCGAACAUUCGAUCAACAAAGACGAACGUCUCCUACGUGCCCGAAAGCUUGCACUUAUCAGAGCGGAGUCGGCUGUCUGGGAAUGGGUCGACAAAACGUUGAGGGAGAAGGUUCGGAGUACAGUUGAAGGUAGCCCCGCGGACGAAGAGUGGAUCGACAGGACCGUGGAAGCUACGACGAAUAUGUUUGUACAGCGAAAAAAGGAGGUGCUGUUCAAGGCAAGCGAGAUGGGUUUUCUCGGCCAGUGUACGGAGGACGAAGUCGUGUUGUGUAAUUCCGAGUCCUCCAAAAUGUUUCUACCAGGAGGGCAAGAUAUUGUAGGAGCGGUGGAGGAGGCUGUCCUGAACGUUGUGGUGCAGUGGAUGGGUCUUCCAACGCGACGCCGCCAGCGAGGGUGGUUCGUAACGAUCGUAGCAGACGUACUCGGUCCGGAGGCUCUUACCUUGGACUGGGGUUGGAGCAUGUACACCGAUUUUCGUCCAUGGUACCUCGUGAAAAGCAACAAGGUUUACAAGGCCAGAACCCUACGACGUAGCGAUGCAUCCGGCUUCGAACAGGCGCUACGCUCUCAUCCCAUAACCAAGGCGGACACCAUCGAAGGGCGUCUGUACAGGACUUACCGGGGUUUGCUGGACGGAUCUCUUUCACCUUCGAACACGAUGACGCCUAUUUCAGUUGACCCAACUGCGUGGGGACGACUAUGCACGAUGCUCGAGCGAUGUCUGGUGUACGUGCAGGACAGACCAUCGAUCACCAACGAAGGUUUUCAAGGGAAGCUGAUCGACGAUGCCGAUUACUACCUCGCGUUUCGAGAACACGCUCCCUCCCGUGUCCAAACUCGAAGUACCAUUUUUCAUUCAUCGACUAUUCGCACCAACGUCGGAAUAUUCAGUGCUGUGGUUUGGAGGGGUAUUACUUAUAGAACUCCAUUCGCGACGAAUCACCGACAGGUUUUCAAGUCUUACAACGAUUUCAUCGACACCAUACGGAGCGUAGUCAACGACGAUCUAACAACACCUACCACUGAAGACGAUUCCUAUUUCUGCAGAGGCGAUGCGUACGGCUCCCGAAAUCCCAACCGAUCCAUCCAAAACGCAUCCGCAUACUGGAAGACCAUCACAAAACGUCAUUGGCCUCGAAUGGCAGCCAGUAAUCCCACUUUCCAAGAGUGCUGGCAGUGGUUUAGACCCGCAAAACAGAAAGACCACGAUCGACUUUUCCCCCAGCUCGGCGAUCUUGGUUCCUACCUCCUCACGGCAGAUCUCGCCUACGCAAAUGUGUGUCAAUUCCCUACUGUUGAUGAAUUGGCGUCUGCCAUAGUCGAACUCAACAAGGGUGCCAUGAACGGAUUGAAGCGCCUGGGAUUCAUCCGUGGAAGGGAGAGGUCAAAGAAGGAUAAAGUAGCUGUGGUUUCGGAGGCCCUUCGCUCGUUGGACGCAUUGAUUCGGGAGUCGUUCGGGAAGGACGACUUGAACGAAGCAGGCUAUGACUUGAUCUGCCUUGAGCACAUUCUGUGCAAGUUUCAGCGUACCUACAAACUCCGUGACAUGUAG